GUCAGCCUGCACAAAACAAGAAAACGAAAACAUCUUUGUGUGCUGAAUGAAACUUGAAAGCUAUUCGUGAUGCCGAAGAGUAAUCGGAACUGUGCUGUAGGUGGAUGUUCUCACACACAGAGAACCUGUCCUAAGGGAAGAUUUGUUGGAUUUCCAAAUCAAGAUAAGCAGCCAGAACGGAGACAAACAUGGAUCAAUUUGGUGCAGAGGGGCGCCAAUUGGAUACCAACCAAAAACAGCCGAGUCUGCGCAUGUCACUUCAUGGGAGGCUACAAGGUGGAUGACCCCAGCGACCCAGCUUAUAACCCAAGCAUCUUCCCUCUGGCCCCUGAGCUUGACCGCCGCGUCAAGAAGACACUCAGCCAGGAGUACCUCCGCAGGAGACAGGCAGGUCUACAAGAGGGGCUUUAUAACGAAAGUGCAAUGACCCUAGGUCUGGCAUUACAACCGUCAAGUGAUCCAGCCAACGACAACGACGACAUCAUGAAGUUUGUUUCGGCAGCUUUGGAUUUAUCCAAAGAGGCCGGAGAGGCGUACGCCUUAGCAACAAGUAACACUGGCCCUGAGGGUACUGUAAGCGCUGAAGCAGCUCCUCGUGAAGCUGUACCCCCAGCUCCUGAAUCCUCUUGUCAACAGCCUGCCAGACAGCAUCUGAACAAUUCAGUUGCUGGAAAACGACCACAUCCAGGCAAUUUUCACCAUACUAUGAGGUCAUCAGCUUCAAUGACCGCUGGACGAGCAAGAGUGCAGAGUAGUUCUUCAACUUCUGCUACGAGAGCAUCAACUCCACGACAUCAAGUGACUGCGGGAAGUGAAGUAUCUGUGGACAGGCAAGGACUGAAAUGGGUCUACUAUAACCAUGAUAGAAACGAAGAAAGUGCAAUUAAUUUACCAUCAGGUAGUAAUGAAUAUACAACAAAAAGACGAAGAACACUUUAUUCAAGUAAGCAGCAGUAUGGUUCCCCCAGGUUCCAGAGAUUUGCUCCAUCGAACCGUAGGAUGUUGGGAACUAGCUCUUCAAGAAUACAAAGGGGGAUGCAGUCAAAGUAUAUUGUUAAAACAACCACCAGUGGAGGGACUGAGAAGCUUCAAGCUAUGGAUGUAUCAACAUCUCAGAGUAGCUUAACUUCUGAAAACCUACCUGAAAAUCUAUCAACAGACCUUCCACAAAUACCUCAUGAAAACUUACCUGUAAACCCUCAUGUAAACCUUCAUAAAAACUUUCAAGGAAACCUUUGUGAAAACCUUCCUGAAAACCUUCAUGGAAAGCUUCAUGUAAACCUUUCUGAAAACCUUUCUGAAAAGUUACCUGAAAACCAACCUGAAAACCUACCUGUAAUAAACCUGCACGUAAACCACCAUGAAAACCUUCAUGAAAACCCUCAUGAAAACCUCCCAGAAAACAUUCCUGGAACCCAUAACAUAAACUGUAUAACUCCUCAAGAAUUUGUGACGCCUUCUCUCGUAACAGAAAAGCCUUCUUGUGAUGCAUGUAUUCAGACGAUCUUUAGCAUGGGACCACAAGAUGAUUCCUUGUUUGGGUUGAGUAACUUGUCACCUCAAGCUCGUGGCAAAUGCUAUGGCUUCCAUGGAUGGAGUGAUAUUUGUUUUUCCAACAGCACUGUUGAGAGAGUCGCUGGGGUGACGCCAGAGGUCUUCGAUAUGUUGUUGGGCUAUCUCCCUGGAGACUCACAAGGAUUACCUACCCACAACUCCUUGUUGCUGGUUUUGAUGAAACUCAAAAUGGCCGUGCCAUUUGAGUUUCUCGCCACCAUUUUCGGAAUCACAUCUCUCACUGCUUGCAAUAUUUUCACUCAUCUAUUAAGUCAUCUGGUCAGCAUAGCCUCAGAUUUGAUACAGGUUCCGCGCAAAACAGACACGUCAUCAGAACAGACUGGAACAGAUGGUGUUAAAGUCAAUGCUACAAUCGACUUCAUGGAAAUCAGAGUAGACCACCUAACUGUCACGGAACACCACAAUAAAUUUUUCUGUAGUGCAUCUGGUGCUCAUUGUGUCAAAAUCAUUGUAGGACUUCUUCCAAGUGGUUAUGUCAGUUACAUCUCUCAGGCGUAUGUAGGAAGUACUAAUGCUAUUGAUAUUCUUGGCAACUUGGAUUUCAUGCACUUUCUUGAUAACAGUAGUACAGUGCUGCUCCUCCAGAGUAACCCUUAUCGACAAAAGUGGCUCAGGAAAAGAGGCUUCAAGGUUGUUACGCCAUCCUGUUCAUCCAUCCAGGUUGUGAAUAAACUUGUAACUAACUCCCUUGAGAAUUGUCUAGAGACAGACAACGGAUUCAAAUCACCUACAGAAUCAUUUACGGAUGUAGAACUAAAAGUGUUCCUGCCUUCUGCUGAUGUUCCUGAGGUCGGGUCACUCUCACCUUUUGUUCCUAUUUCAGAGGUUGAUUCUAGUGCACCUGCUGCAACCGUUUCUGAAUGUACAUCAAUGCCGCCUCCUGCCACCGUUUCUAAAUUUGCAUCAAUCCCACCUUCUGCCACCAUUUCAUCACUUGAGUUGACGGACCAGAACCAACCAGACCAUUCUAUCUCAGGCUCAUACGGUAACGGUAAUCACAUCUGUGCUGGAAAAAGAGCCCAGAGAUUGCGCUCUUUUAGUAUUUUGACAUCCACCAUUGAAGGUUCUCUGCUACCAUAUAUUGAUGAUGUAGUGAGGUUGUGUGCCGCAUUAAGUAAUCUUCAAGACCCUUAAUGACUGAUGCUCCCAGAGCAUAGAGCUGCUUAAGCACAAAAUUUGCUUAAAAAGCACACCAAUAGAUUACUGAUUUUGCACAUGUUACUGGCCAAAAUUGUAUGCCAUAUACAUGUACAUUGCCUGUGACAGUUGCUGUUGACAUAGCAUAACAAUGGAGUUGAGUCCUUGCCAGUAAUCUGGUUUUACUAAGCAAGAACUUAUUUUAGCUUGAGCAAAUUUUGUGCUUAAGCAGCUUUAUGAAAUUUGGCCCAGGUUGUAUCGUAAAUUUGGGUGUGAUCCCUGUCUACAACUUCAAGGCAGUUACAGGUUUAUGACUUCUGACUGUCACCCCCGAACAAAGAUAUUAGGGACUUUUCGUUUUCAACGACGGAUGGUUCUGCAAC